AUGGCGUCCAAUUCUUCUGAUCAACCAAGUGCACCUUUGGAGACCGUUCCGCGCAGCAUCACCUUGCACGUGCUCUGCCCGUCUCUACCCAAUCGCUUCACCUUCAAUGAUCUUCCCCUCUCUACGACUGUGGCUGGUCUCAAGGCUCGCUUGACCGAAUCAAUACCAAGUCGUCCAGCGCCGAGUAACCAGAGAUUGAUCUGGCGCGGAAGGGCACUUUUAGACGAUGCUAUGACACUGGAAAGUGUCCUGGGCCCCACGGAUAGUACCGAAUAUUCCAUGCAUCUUGCUCUUCCGCCGCCCUCCACCGUCGGCUCCGCUAGAACCUUCACUCCAUCCGCUUCCGAACCCCCUGCAACUGGUCGCCUACCAGACCCUUUUCUCAAUAGAGCAUGGUCUUCUGCACUUCCGACUCUUCCAACUUCUACUCAGAGUUUCAGACAAAGGGGCUCGAUACCGACUGGCGUACCACAUGAAGCUGAGAUUGGACUUGCCCUCCAGCGUAACAUUGACCAGAUCCGCCGACAAAUUCGGACAGCUGCGCAACAACCGAGAUCGGGACCGCAGGGGGUCGCAACUACUCCCUCCGUGGAUCAAGCAGGCGCACAACAGCGGACGGGUGUCUUUCAGUCGGGUUAUCCUCCUGCGAGAUGGUCAACAAGAGCUCAUGGGCCACUGGGCCCUUCAGACCUUCCCCAACCCCGAACUUGGCCCGCUGGUCAUUUGGCGUCCACGGGUAUUCAGGCCACGAAUCUGCGUGCUCCUCUAGAUGUCCUACAGCUCCAGGUAAACUAUGCCGAGGACCAGCUUCAACUGGGAAUCGCACCCCCGGCAGAACGAAUCAUUCGUAUUCGUAAUCAGCUUUGCGAGAUGCUAGACGAUCUCUACAGUGAUCCACGUGCUGCACGCAACGGAAACAUUGAAGCGUUGCUUUCUCGUAUUUUUAACAUCUACACUCGCGCGGAUCAACUUCGCAUCACGCAGUCUAGAUUGCAACCCUCUCUCCUCGCUACCAACGCUUCUGCAAAUGCGGAACCGGCGCGGCCUCCUCUGUACCUUCUAUCGUCACCGGGCGGAUAUCAAGCUCUUGUCGCGUCACCGGGCGCGACAAACUCAAUUCAGGCGUCGCUUGCUUCCUUCCAUGCGUCGCAGACUCCUGAGUUUACACCCAUGCAGGCUCCAGCUCAACCAGCCGGAUUCCGAGCCAAUCAGGAGGCUGUAGUUCUGGAAAAUGUUGUUCGUCAAGCUGUGCUAAACCAGCGAGCGGUGAACAAUGGACCGGUUGAUCUUUCCAGGUAUAUUAGACGCAUCUGGCUCUUCGUCCGGUUGUAUUUUUUCUGCUACAUGUUCAGCGAGCCAGGAACUUGGUCGCGAGUCUUAUAUGUUACGCUAGCCGUGGUUGCCUCUCUUCUUUCCGAGACCAGUAUUCCGCGGCAGCUGUUCAAUAUGACAGUCGCUCCUCUCCAGCGUCACCUUGAGGGAUUGUUACAUGUAGCUCCUGAUGCUGCUGACAAUAAUGGCGCUCAGGCUGCUGCAAAUGGCAUUGGCAUACUCAACGACAACCGUGCCAGCCUGCCCGGUCAGCUUCGCCAGGGUGUCCGGCGAUUGGAACGAUCUGCAGCGCUGUUCGUUGCCAGUCUGGUUCCCGGGGUUGGCGAAAGACAGAUUGAGGUGCGAAAUGCGGCCGAGGCAGCCCGUAACGCGCAGCUCGCACGAGAAGAAGAGGAGCGUCGCAGACAGCAGGAGACCGCGGGCAACGACGAAAACAGUGCAGAGCGGCAAGAGUCUCAUGAGGAAGCGGACGGCGCAAAUGAGCGCGUCGAGCCAGCCGAACAGAACACCAUGACUCCUAAUCAAUCCGAGCCUUUGAUACCCCUUGAGCCUGACGAAUGA